AUGUCUUAUAAUAGUAGUCCACCUCAAUAUCAACCACAAUACCCUCAACAAAUACCUCCACAGCCACAAGGAAUGUCUCCACAGCAACAAGGAAUGUCUCUACAGCAACAAGGAUUACCUUCAGGAUUACCUUCACAGCAACUACCUCCACAGCAACAAGGAUACUCUCCACAACAGCAUGUAUUCGUUCAACAACAUCAAGGAUUUUCUCCCCAACAGGGUAUCCCCCAAGAACAAAAUGUAUAUGCCUAUCCUCCACAACAAGGUGUUCCAGCUCACCAACAGCAGCCCAUGAUGUAUGCUGCCACAACCCAAAUGAAUCCUCAAGUUGUGAUUAAACAAGCCCCACAAAGAGAAUGGAGAUUUGGCUUAUUUGAUUGCUUUGCAGAUGCUACGUUGUGUUUAAAAACGACGUUUUGUUCUUGUAUUACUUACGGAGAAAACAAAGAAAAAUUAUCUAGCAGUCCUGGUUCAUGUGCAACGCAUGCUUUAGCAUAUUGCUGUGUUGAAUAUUGCCUUGGCUUAGGUUGUAUCCUGGGUGCAAUGGCUCGUAAUGAAGCGAGAAUUAAAUAUCAAAUUGAUGGAAGUGGAAUUGGAGAUGCUUGUACUCAUAUUUGUUGCGGUUGUUGCGCUUUGAUACAAGAAAAUCGGGAA